AGCUAAAUGUGAAUCUACAAAUUUCUCCCUCCCAUUGCCCAAUCUCUGCCCUGCCUCCCUCCGUCUCCGAUCGGCUUCCUUUCCUCACCCCUCCAUUUUUUCUUCUCUGUAAAUCUUAACUCUCUUCUGCAGACAAAGAGAAACAUAUAUAUACACAUAUACAUAUCGACGACGCGCUGUUUACCAAGCUGCUGCUGCUGUUGAUUGAAAAUAAUUCCGUCGGAGAACCAGCUUACUUGAUUGAGGGGAAACAAAAAAAGGGAUGGAUUUGAACCAGUGGAUAACGAAUGUCAAAGAGGGCCAACACUUGUCUGAAGAUCAGCUUCAACUCCUCUGCGAAUACGUAAAGGAGAUCUUGAUCGAGGAGUCAAAUGUUCAGCCUGUCAAUAGUCCGGUGACAGUUUGUGGGGAUAUCCAUGGACAGUUCCAUGAUUUAAUGAAACUUUUCCAGACCGGAGGUCAUGUACCAGAGACAAAUUACAUAUUCAUGGGAGAUUUUGUUGAUCGUGGUUAUAAUAGUCUAGAAGUUUUCACCAUUCUUUUGCUUCUCAAAGCAAGAUACCCAGCUAACAUUACUCUUCUACGUGGAAAUCACGAAAGCAGGCAACUAACACAGGUUUAUGGAUUUUAUGAUGAGUGCCAGAGGAAAUAUGGCAAUGCCAACGCUUGGCGAUACUGCACAGAUGUUUUCGACUAUCUAACUUUGUCGGCAAUUAUAGAUGGGACGGUACUAUGUGUGCAUGGUGGCCUAUCCCCAGAUGUUAGAAGUAUUGAUCAGAUGCGCGUCAUCGAUCGAAACUGUGAAAUCCCGCAUGAAGGGCCCUUCUGUGAUUUAAUGUGGAGUGACCCUGAAGAUAUUGAAACCUGGGCAGUCAGUCCUCGAGGUGCAGGCUGGCUUUUUGGUUCCAGAGUUACAUCCGAGUUCAAUCAUAUUAAUAAACUCGAUCUAGUUUGCCGGGCCCAUCAACUUGUCCAAGAGGGUCUAAAGUACAUGUUUCAAGAUAAAGGGCUUGUGACUGUUUGGUCUGCACCAAAUUACUGUUACCGAUGUGGAAACGUUGCUUCGAUAUUGAGCUUCAACGAAAAUAUGGAGAGAGAAGUGAAGUUUUUCACGGAGACAGAGGAGAACAACCAAAUGCGAGGACCGAGAACUGGAGUACCGUAUUUUCUUUGAGUAAAAUUGUUUUGUGUUCAAGAAAUCGAAAGAUAAUUUGGUUCUUGUUUCUGCUAUGCUACUUCAAGUAGGGGUGAAAAAUGAAGAAAGAAAUAUUUGCAUGGAGGAACACCUUAAUUUUUUUUUAAUGUAGUGUAAUGUAUUUUUCUUUUAAAUGUUAUUUUCAUUGUUUCGAUUAUUGAUAUAAAUUAAAGUUUCAUUGAUAAUUGAUUGUAUUAAUGGAAUUUACUUGCACAGAUAAAUAUGCAAGUUGUGGUUUUGCUUA